GUAGUAUUGUAUCCACAUUAAUAUCAUUAAAUCCGGAAGCAACUAAUUUUAUUUAUAUCCUUGAUACAAGAAACUACAACUGGGUUGCUACAAAAACCAUAAACGAACUUGGACCAACGAUAAUUCCAGUUUCAACUCUAGUUCCAACUACUACUGAAAAUCCGAGUUCAUCUACACCUACAUUAAUUAUUGGAAUUGUUACUAGUGUAGCUGGUAUUAUUCUAAUUGGAUCUGUAAUUGCUGGAAUAUUUAUAUAUAAAAAACGACAAGAACGUCGUCAUAUUAUUGCAACGCCUGGAAGUAUAAAUAUUGAUAUAUAA